AUGCUUUCCUUGGUUGCCUGCGAGCUCGUCCUUGCUGCCAUGUGUCUCCUGGUCCUGGGAGUCAACCUAUGGGUUCUCUUAAACUACCUCCUCAAAAUUGAUAUACCUCCUUCCAUCCCACACCGCAUGAGGUUUCGGAUUCUGUACUACGGUUUUCAACUGAUGGUGACAUGGGGGAAUAUAUUGGAGAGGCUGAGAAUUUGCACCAUGCCAAAGCUUUGCCAGAUUCUACAAGAUUUAAUGAACACAAAGAGGAACUGUAAAGUGGUGGUGACAGAUCUGUGUUUUGAGGAAGUCCCUGUGAGGCUGUUCCAGCCCAAGGCAACUUCUUCCAGUCCCAGAAAAGGCAUCAUCUUCAUCCAUGGAGGGGGUGGCAUACUUGGCAGCCUGGAUUCCUACCAUGCCCUGUGCAGUUUAUUAGCCCAGGAGACAGACUCAGUGCUUCUGGCAGUGGGGUACAGAAAACUUCCUGAACACUGUCAUCCAGUUGGUCUUCAGGAUUGCCUGUGUGCCUCAAUACAUUUCCUGAAGUCCCUGAAAGCCUACGGGGUAGACCCCUCCCGGGUUGUGAUCUGUGGAGAGAGCAUGGGAGGUUCAGCUGCGGUCAUCAUCAUCCAGAUCUUAUUGGGCAGACCAGAUCUUCCUAAGAUCCGGGCUCAAGUCCUGAUUUAUCCAAUCCUUCAGACAAUCAACUUCCAGUUACCAUCACAUCUGCAAAACCAAAAUGUCCCAUUCCUCACUAGAGACUUCAUGAUAACCUGCAUUCUUAGGUAUUUUUCCAUUGACCCCUCCUGGAAAGAUGCUAUUUUGACAGGGGCUUAUAUCCCCCAAGACAUCUGGAUGAAAUACAGGAAAUGGCUCAGCUCUGAUAAUAUUCCCCAAAGGUUUAGGAACAAAAUACAGCAACCUGAGUUUCCUGGACCCUUUAACAAAUCUGCCUACCUAGAACUCAAAAACCUUCUGGAUGAAGGAAUUUCACCCCUUGUAGCAGAUGAUGAGGUCAUUGCCCAGCUUCCAGCUACAUUGCUGGUGAGCAUUCACUGGGAUGUUCUCCGAGAUGACGUUUUGCUCUACAAGAAGCGCUUAGAAGACCAGGGGGUCCCUGUGACCUGCUACCAUGUAGAGGAUGGCUUUCAUGGAUGCUUAUUUUUGUUUGAUAAGAUUUUCUCUUUCCCUUGUUGCUGGGAUAUAAUCAAUGCGAUAGUGCGUUUCACAAAGGAUAUGUGA